GCCGACCACACCGGCAUGGCUGAUGGGCGAGCCAAGCGUGCCCAGCAUAGACAGCGACGAGAAUUUUGGGUGCUUGGCAGAUAAGUUGUGCCAAUUCUUUGAGCAAAACAUCAGGCUCCCACAUGCCUUUGAAGACCUGCGCCGAUCCCACGAGGGCCAUGCUCUCCAGACUCUUAUCCACUACCUCUCCACCGAGGUCGAUCACCCAGCUCUCAUCCAUGCUUUGAUGGCCUUGCGAGGACACUUCUCAGCGUUAGAUGAAACCAGUGAUGAACCGGGAGUAAACGAGGCACGAGGAUACGCAUGCGAAUUCGUCGCCUGGCAGUUUUUGACCAGUUUGAGGGAGGCGGAUAUGAUUCAAUACUUACUGGUUGAAUUGCCUCCGGAAUCAGCCUCAGAAACACCAUCCGCUCCUGCCGACCUUGCAGACCGCCAGAAUGGGCAUGGAAAUGCCCAGCCCCAUGAGCGCUCACCUCUUCUGCCGACUUCGAAUGGAGAUUACAUUGUCCAAGGUGAAUAUGUGAUAUCCCGUUUCGGUUCGUUGAUGUCGCAAUGUGAAAACCUCAGUGCUCUAGAGCUUGCGACUGUGUCUGGAGCGAAAAAGUUCCUUUCACAGAGACCGGUUCAGAAAAUCAUCAAUGGUUUGUGGAAAGGCGACAUCGUCUUCUGGGAAACCCUUAGUGUACACUCUGUGAAGAAGCCCAAGAGAUACAUUCGGAAACAGGCUGAUCCGUUUUCUCGGUUACGUGUUCCCUUAUACCUAAAAGUGUUUGAGACAUUGUUCUUUGCUGCUUUCUUGGGGUUAUACUACGCAGUGCUAGUAAGACGCGACAAUUUCCGUAUCACGAUUCCUGAGCUUCUGCUCUAUGUUUGGAUUGCCAGCUUCGCGUAUGACGAAUUUGCCGACUGGGUUGAUGCUGGGCAGACAUCAUUUUAUGCCUCUGAUUUUUGGUGGACAUGGGACAUAAGCAUAGUCGCUGUUGGCUUCAUCUUCUGCAUCAUGAGGAUCGUAGGCUUGACAACUGGCCACGCGGCGACAGUUGAUCUCGCAUACGAUGUGCUUGGAUUAGAGGCACUUUUUCUUAUCCCACGCAUAUUCUCGCUACUGAGUCUCAAUCGCUACUUUGGGACUCUCAUUCCGUGUCUCAAAGAAAUGACCAAGGACUUCGUCAAGUUCCUAUCACUCGUCAUCAUUUUGUAUUUAGGAUUCUUGACUACCUUCGUGCUAUUAGCCCGCGACAGCAGGUUCAAUGCAAGGGAGAUGUCUUGGGUUUUGAUCAAGGUCUUCUUUGGGUCGAGCUACCUGGGGUUCGACGUCGCUGAAGAGAUUUCGCCGUUCUUUGGUCCCCCAGUCAUGCUGAUUUUCGUUACUCUCACGAAUAUUCUACUCAUUACCAGCUUGAUAUCGCUGUUGAGUAACUCUUUGAGUAAGGUUUUAGACCAUGCGAGAGAUGAGUACCUAUUUGUUUAUUCAGUCUACGUGCUUGAAGCAUCGAGUUCAAAUCGGUUGACAUACUUUCUGCCUCCAUUGAACCUCAUUCCGCUAGUCAUUCGGCCAUUGCGGCUCAUUGUGCCUUCUGAGCGGCUGAGGAGCGUUCGGAUCGUCAUGCUCAAGGCAACGCACCUGCCUUUCGUAUUCGUGAUUUGGGCCUUUGAGCACCUUUCCGACGCUCGCAGCGCAAAAGCCAAAGCGACAUCGUUUGGGGGUCCGCAGUCAGCUGCCGGGUCAAGGAGAGCCCCUCGCUUGCCAGUCAACUCGCCGCGCUUGCUAAUGGGAGGCUUUCCGAAUGCUCUGGGAAGGACGCAGCACACAAAUCGACCUCAAACUCGAACGGGACCCACGGAAUCAGAUGCUCAGUUGAGGACACUAGUUACCAAGUUGGCCACCCAAGUAGAAGAACUUACUGCGAUGGUGUCGCAGCUCCGAGAGCAGCGCGAAGCGAGCACAUUGGCCGCUCAAGGGCCGGCGCUUGCAGCCGCGGAAGUAUAGGUACAUUGGUG